AUUAAAUUAGUAGGUAGAACAUAUUAGAUUUUCCAAAUAAGAAAUAAAAAUUAAUAUAAGUUAAUUCUUAAUAAAUAUGAAUUCAAAAAGAAAAAAUAUUGAUAAUAAUAUCGAGAAUUUCCGCAAAGAUGAUGAAAAAAAACAAAAAGUAGACGAAUCGAGUGCAUUUGAUCAUUCUAUGUUGGACGAUGACAGUAACGACGAUAAUGAAUUUGUUAAUUCUGGAAUUUUGAAAGAAUUGGACGAACAAAAUCAAGCAACAAUAUUUGAAAACGUAUUUUCGGCAAACUCUAAAAAGACUAUUCUAAAAAAACGAAAAACAGAACAAUUCGAACAUUGAUUUAGUUUUGAAAUUAAAUGUAGAGGUAAAUGAUAUAUCACAAAUAAUAUCGAUGAAAGCAUUUCAAGAACUUUUAAAAAAAUAUAAUAAAUUAACUGAGAUUGGGAGGAUUUAUGAUGACCAUAUUUAUAAUUUCUUUUAUUUGACCUUGUCGAAAAUUUAUUCGAACAAAAUAGAUAAUAUUAUUUUAACUAAAACUAUGUUUGAAACUAAUUACGAAAAAAAAAUUCUUUUAAAUAUAAUAAACAAUAUUUUGUCAGGAAUAAUCUCUAAUAAAGGAAAUUGUGGAAAAUCGCUUAAGACUAUAUUCUCAAUUAUUUCAUUUGACGACGAAAAAAAUUUUGAUAAAAAUACUAUAUCUAACGAAUUAGCAAAAUAUCUCUUAGAAUAUUCCGUCCAAGAAGAAGAAGAUGAAAAAAAUAAAUCCGAAAAUACAUCUAUAAAAAGUAAAACAAAUAAUCCUGAAGAUAUUUCGUUUAAAGAUUUUUUCGGAGCAGAAAAUAAUAAAUUAUAUGAAUAUCAAUUAAAAGAAUAUUUGUCACUAGGCACACUUUUUAACAAUAUAUCUUUGCCUUUUACAUUCAGAUUAAAAUCACUAAAUAAUUCAAUUGUUGGAUCUGUUGAUAACCGACAAGACGGAUUAAAAAUAAAUUUUGUAAAACCAAUUCUAGUAAAAUUAGCAAAAAAAGAAAGUGCGGAAUUAUUCUUUUUAACAUUAAAUGACGAAGAAAGUACAUCAAUAAUAGAACAUAUAAAAGAAAAUGUAGAAUUUCCAGCAGACAUAAGUAUUUACGAAAAUAUAUCUGUUUGUAAUUAUAAAACUAUGAAUAUGAUUUGUGUUAAUGAAAAUAAAGAAAACGAUAAAACAACUUAUAGUCCAACUAUUGAACUUUUUUCAAAGACAAAAUUAAAAGAUACUUUAAACUAUAUGUUCAUUAUUAUUGAAUCUGUAAAUUUAGAAUAUGAUUUAAACAACAAUAGAUACAGAGUAAAAGCUUUUCCUAUGAGAUUUAAUUGUUUUCAAUCACACUCUAUAAAUUCUUGUAUUUUAUCUUUUAAAAUAAUAGAUGAAAUAAAAAAUUAUAUUAAAUAAGUAUUCAACACUUUUUUUAUAAUAAAAUUUAUUCGAAUAAAUAUAAAAUAAAUUACUUUUACAAUAAGAAAUAAUCGUUUACUAUAUACAAAUUAGGGAUAAAGUAUUUUAAAUAGAACCUAAUAACCUAAUUUUUAUUAUAAAAUCAUUGGACUGUCCAGGCUUUCAGUAUAGAGUUGGAAAUAGUAAUCUUUUUCUACAAAAUUAUUACUAUUAGAUUAGUAAAAUCCAGAGCAUCUCUUUGUAUUUUACUAUUCCGGCCACUAACUAAAGUUUAGCUAAAAGUGCGUUAUGCCGUAGCGAACAAACAGACCCCAAUGAAUGUUAUAAUAAAAAAAAUAAUAUUUAUAAUAUUAAAAUGGUUAUUUACAAUUUAUUCAAUUCAGCUAUAGAAUAAAUUGUAUUCAAAAUGGAGGGUUCUUUAAAAAGUAGCUGAAAGGGAACAGGUAAAUUGUUGUGCAAUAAGAUUAAAGAAGAAUGGAUUAGCAGCUGCUCUUGCAUUAGAAUUUCCACAGACAAAUGAAUAUAUUAAGAGAACUUCGUUCAAGAAUAAGAAUUUAGCUACACCACAAACUAGAGGAGUAUUAAAAUCUGUAAAUUUCGUUAAUUCUGACGAUAAUACAAAACCAAUAAUUGCAAAUUUAUUUCUCAAUACUGUAUGGGAAAACCUUGUAACUAUUAUAUAAAUGAUCCAGAUGUAGACGAAAAUUAUAAAAAUACUUGUAUAAAGGAAGAUUCCAAAGAAAAAAGAGUAGAAAAUUUUAAAGUUUGUUUAAAAAAAGUAAUAGAUAAAUUAUUAAAAACUAAUUGUUUUAAUAAAAGAAUUAAAUUUUUAGUUUUUCCAGAAAAAAUUGGAUGUGCAUCAGCAGGAGGAAAUUGGUUAGUAUAUGAAAAAAUUAUAAAUAAAUUUGCUAAGUACGUUAAUAAAGAAUUAAAAGGGUUGAAGGUAUAUAUAUGCAAAUAUAAAAGAUAAACAAAAGAACUAAUAAAAAAAUGUGUUAUAUUUGUUAUUCCAUCAUUGAAGAUUUUAAUGCUUACACUUAUGUUAAAAUCCAAACUGGAAAUAUUUUAGAUUUGUAUGAAAAGGAUGCAAGUGCUAUGAUAUGUCUUAACCUAGAUUGUAUUAGUGUAAAACCCUUAAAACAGGGUUUAUUACUUCGUAUCUUCAAUAGAUAUCCACAAACUAAUGUAUUAAAGAAUAGAAUACCAAUGAAAGGAAAACAGAAUUUAGCAACUGAAAAGACAAGAGGCAUCCUUGGUACAUUUGAUGUAUUUGAAGAAUUAGAACAUGGUUUGAGAAUUACUUUAAUGUAUACUCAUUUUAUUAUGGGCCCGCCUGGAAAAUAUUAUAAUGAAGUUCAUUGUGAUUAUAAUUUCAGAAUAAUGAGAAGACUUGAUAAUAAGGAUAGCAGAUUAGGGCAUUUCCGUGGUUUGCCCGAAUGAAAUUUAUGAAAAGAUUCCAACAAUGAAAGGUUUAAAAAAAAUAGUCUUCCCACAUAAGAUUGCUUAUAGUGGAGAUUUUUCUACAUGGAGUAAUAAUUUUAAAGCAAUUUGUAAUUUUGCCAAGAAAAUUUAUAAGAAUCACAAAAUUAAAGUUUACAUAGUAUUAUUUGAUUUAGAUAAACAAAUAAGAGAAACAAACAGAAAGUAGUAUCAUUUGAUGAAAAAUUGACAAUAAAAAAAUCAGAAGAAUUAGAGGAACAGUUAAUGGGAAAACCAGAAGAAUUAGAGAAAUGGGUAACGGGGAAA